AUGGCCAUCAACGCGGACGCGCAGCUGGAGAAGGCGCUGGCCGGCUCUCCGCCGCCGCCCGCCGCCUCCUCCUCCUCUUCCCCGCAGGAGACGGAGCAGCUGCUGCGGAGCGGCCCGCCGUCCCCCAAGCCCUGCCCGGCCGAGGACGGGGCGGCGGCUGCCGUCGGGGCGGCGGCGAUGGAGCCCAACGGGCACGGCCUGCUCUACAGGGCCGGUUCGGAGGGGCCGCUGGAGGCCACCUCGCUCUCCCCGUCGCGGCUCAGCCUGGGGCGCGCCUCGUCCACCGCCACCACCUCCAACCUCCCCGAAGCCGGCCGCUCUCCGGAUUACCUGCCUCUGGCCAUCUUCUCUUGCUUUUGCCCCAUCUGGCCGGUCAACAUCCUGGCCUUGGUCUUCUCCAUCAUGGCAGCCUUCCUCCUGCUUCCCGGCAGCUUUGUGGACAAACACCUGUGCGUCAUGUGCUUCAAGAGAUGAUGCAGAUACUACAAUGCUCUGACAAAGCUCCGGUCAGUUUCAACAGUGCCCUUAUGAAAGACCGAAGAUCUGCAGAACUUUGGCGAGAGAGAGGAGAUCCGUAUUCACACUCAGUAGCAGUCAGUUCCCCCGGCUGAAAAAAAUUGCAUGGUGUAAAAAAUACUUUGCUCUCCUCCACAAGCUCAGUUCAGUUCCUAAUUUUUUUUUUAAAUUGGAGCAUAAAGGACUCUGAAUUUCGGAAGCGUGGAAGAGAAGGGACUCUUUCGGCCUGCUCCAGAUGUGGCAGCUUUGCCUUUGACAAGGCCAGAUGUUAUCUUUUCGGAAUGAAGCUCCAUAAGGGAGCAAAUCCGUAUUCAGUGGUAUUUUUUGAUUGAUGGAUCACCCAAAGGCAGGACAAGAAGCAACCGAUGGAAACUCAUCAAGGAGAGAAGCAACCUAGAAUUAAGGAGAAAUGUCCUGACACUGUUGGAGCAAUUGACCAGUGGAACAGCUGGCCACCAGAAGCUGUAGGUGCUUCAUCACUAGAGGUUCUUAAGAAGAGACUGGACAACCAUUUUUUCUGAAAUAGUAUAGUACUGAAAUAGUAUAGGGUCCAACCUCCUGCUUGAGGUUGGACUAGAAGACCUCUAAGGUCCCUUUUCCAACUCUAUGAUUCUCUUAUUCUAUAUAUGAUAGCAGUCUUCCAAUAUUUGAGGGGCUGCCACCAAGAGGAGGGGGGCUCCACCCAUUCUCCAAAGCACCCGAGGGCAGGUGAAGAAGCAAUGGAUGGAAACUAAUCAAGGAGAGAAGCCACCUGGAACUAAGGAGGAAUUUCCUGAUAGUUAGAACGAUUAACCAGUGGAACAGCUGGCCACUAGAAGCUGUGGGCGCUCCAUCCCUGGAGGUUUUCAAGAAGAGACUGGAUAGCCACUUGUCUCAAAUGGUAUAGGGUUUCCUGCCUAAGCAGUGGGGUGGACUAGAAGACCUCCAAGGUCCCUUCUUCCAAGUCUGUUUUUUCUGUUACAACCAACGAUUGCACUUCCCAUCUCUUCGACACUUUUUAGGCGUCGAAUCAAAUGCCGAAUGAAAACAUUGAAACUGUCAAUAAAGUUCUUCAAUUUAAAAAUAAAAUCGAGAUAAAACCAGGGUGGAUUUGAUUUAAAUCGAGUCGAUUUAAAUCAUGAUUUAAAUCACUAGUAAAAAGGCUUGAUUUCAAUCCACUCGAUUUAAAACAUAAUUUUUAAAGAGCAGCCGUCAUCUCUGCUCCUCCUUUGACCCACCGUUGACUCACCGAUCGUCCCAGUGUUGCAGAAUAUACAGCCUCCUGCUACAUAACUAAGCUCCGUUUCAUGCUGAAGAAAC